ACUCAGUUUAGUUGCCUCGUGUUUUCAAGAAACAGGAACACUCGGCUCAGAGGGAUAAAAAAAGUUGGAAAAAGCUGUUUUUAUUUUCUAACUCUAUUGAUGUAAAUAGACAAAACAAAGAUUACGAGCUCAAUGAUCUUCUGCCAUCGUCAUUUAGCAAACUUGAAACAUCAACACACUUCAUUUCUAAAUCAAGAGGUACUGAUUCAAUGUAUAUAAAGUCAACUACUUUAUUCAUUUUGCGAAGAAUUCGGAGAAGAUUUGCUCAAGAGACCCGUUAAUGCUUGGUUCCAAAAUUCAGUGACGUAAACAUCAAGAAGUGACAAGGAAAAAUAAAAGAGAUGUGUUUGUAAGAAGACUGGUCAGUCAAAAAGUUCGUUGGCAUCAUCACACAACAUCAAGAAUUAAAAAGGCUUCAAAUUUGUGUUUAAGAGCUGGAAAGUUGCGCUAAACGGCUCAAAAAAGUAGCAGGUGUUUGCGAUGGCCGGAAACGCAACACUUUGUUUGAACACAACACACGCAUGCUUCGAUACACAUUCGAUAACAGACCAUCAAAACUUAAAGCAGCCAACAUCGAACGAUUUCAGCACAAGCUCUGUAUAUUUUCUGCUUGUUUUGUGUACUAUUGCCGUGAUGGAAAACAUAUUCACGUGUUACAUCAUCUAUGCUAACAAGAUAUUACAAACAGCUACAAACACAUUUGUUUUUAGCCUCUGCGUCACAGAUAUGCUCUGUGCUGGUGUCUUAGUACCUAUAGCACUGUUUUACAAGAAUAGCAACGUCUAUUUGUAUUUCGCCGCUAUUAUCGUUUUCACCUAUGCCUCAAAUCUAACCGCAGUCACCUAUGAGAGGCUGGUCUCGAUUACAAAACCACUCAGAUAUCGUUCAAUCAUUACAAAACAAACUGCUUUAAGAAUAACCGUUGCUGCAUGGCUCGUUCCAAUCUCCUAUUGCUUGGUGCCAUUAACAUGGAAAACCAACGUUCUUAGCAUAGAGCAUAAAAUCUACAUGAUAAUUGCCCUGCUAGUGUUUUUGGUCUCCCCGCUGUUUUUCAUUUGCUUCGUAUAUAUGCGAAUUCUGAUAGAAGUGCAUCGUUUAUUAAAAGAAGGACGCAGCCUUGAAGUAUAUCCCGUGCAGGAAAGAUAUCUGCCUCAAAGCUGUUCAUCACGCCUCCGGAAUGCUUGUUGUCUGUUGGCAAAUUCUGGUAGCCAAGGACAGAACGCUUGCUCAAAGUCAGACAGCCGAAUGAGUCCCAAUCUACACGAAGACUCAAACGAUGAGCUUAGCUGCACGAUCAAAACUGAUCUGUAUUAUAGUGCGAAUUCGAAUCAAAGUUUGUACGGCCUAAGACAGGAGGGAAGAUGCAGUUUGUCAAUAACGAGCAGGCGCAGCUGUGAUUCAGGAAGACAAUGCCCCCAAGGAGAUGUCUUGGAAAGAGGUCAAAAUUUAGUUGCAGGAGAGGCUUUGACCACGGUCGCUGUACCAAAAAUGAGCACAGCACUUAUCUGCCAGCAUCGUGGUAUCGGAAAUAAGGAUGAGGGCCAAUGUAAAGCGAGUUCUGCACAAGAUAAAAACCAUUCGACAAUACUGGCAGCAUCAAAAUGCAAUGGUAGUGGCACUUCAAGUCAUAAAGGAGAAGAGCGAGCGCCUCUUGUAACACCUGGCUUGAUCACUUUAUCGGUAAAGUGCGAUGGAAAAUUAGACGGAAAGAUUAUCAACGUAGAAGGCGACCAUAAGGAGACGCAUACAAAGAAAGAAGACGAUGCAAGCAAUCAAAAGGAUGAGCCCUGCAUGAAGAAUCGUGUCGGCUUCAUGAUUAAUCCUUCUACGGAUUGUUUCGAUGAUAUUGCUAAAGAAAGGGAGACAGAGGAUGAUGUAGAAAAUGGUGUGAGCGAACACGACUCGGGAAUCGAGGAAGAGCGAUGCAAAGAUGCGGCAAGGAUGUCUAAUUGCGAGGCGAAUCUAGAUGACGAGACUGUCAACAGCCCAAGCUGUCCUUGUAUUGAAGGAGGCAUACAGCCACACCCAAGCCCUGAACAUAUCAGUGGUUCAGUAGCGAGAUCUGUGCAAAAUAAGCGCAGUUUUUUUGCUCGCCUAUUUAAGCCCAAUGGUUGCCAAGAAAACAACAAGAUGAAGCAACGAAAACGGCACAGAAGGUCAUUGAGACGUAGACAGGUUUUUGAAGAAAUAAAAGCAUCUACUGCAUUCGCCUUAGUGGCUUUCACAUACAUGUUUACAUGGAUACCCGUCAUCUACAUGACGUUUAUGGAUGCAAUAGACAAGCAUCAUUUGGUUCCCAACACAAUAGACAAAGUGAAUGCAUGGACCAUUGCUAUCAAUGCUGCAGUUGAUCCACUUUUCUACGCCUUGAUUCUAAGAAACUUUAGAAAAACGAUCAAAAGGCAGUUCAGAAGAAUGAGAAACGGUUGCAACUAACAAUGUAUCAAUGUAAUAAUAGGUGUUGUUAAAUCUGUAAAUAUCCAAACACUACAUUAAAAUUUGUUGUCUUAAACUGAGUCGUUAGUAGCAGUAGAGGCGAUCUCAUUGGCUCCAAUGGACAUAAUCCCCUAAGGUAGUGUGACAUUUCCUUAAGUAAUUUCAAGGAUAUUUGAGGAGGCUUCCAAGGCCGCUGCGUUGCAAUAAUUCCGUUGUAAAAACAAGGAUUUGUCAUCUUAAGGUGCCUAGUCGGUGAAAUUUUAAACCUGUCGGCAAAUUUGGGUUUGCUCUCACAAUUUCUCGACAAAUGGGACCUCGAAACCCCCCUUGAGCACGACAGCUGGCAUAGACCCUUAUGUUACUUUGUAUUUAUUGUCUAAUUUCUUGGCUAUGGUUUUACUGGUUUCGCCCUGAGCUGUUUUAUCGUGCUUUCCAAUUCAUUAUUGUUAUUUAGUUAUUGUUAUUGGCCUCAGGCCACCAUUUAGCCCUAACCUUGUAGAGUGUUAAUCCUACCUAGCUAAUAUCCUAAAACUUUGAUAUUCUUCCUCAAUAAAAUUCAUUUACUGAUUAGCAACAGCCCUAGUAAAAUUGAAAGUAAAAAAGCUAUAGCCACUCCCUUUAAACUCUACGAGAAUGCCGUUUUCCCAACAGAGAACGCCAAUUUUGUAAACAUGGAACACCUGUGUCUCAUUUUCGGCAAAAUUGAGUUUAUUUAAAUUGAAUCAAAUUAAAGAAUAAGAAAAUUACAUCACGUCCACGACAAAUCUCCCGUAAGGCGUCACUGGUCAUAAAUACACCCAGACAAAUGCGAAUCUUGUCAAAUCUACUUUUGCGAUUUGCUCGCAUUUGAACCAUAUGGCCCCGAGAAGCUAUCACUGGAAGUUCCCUUUAAGAGGCCCAAUAAUGGUACUGAGUUUUAAAAUCAGAACCGUAAUUCAACCAAAAACGUGUUUUUGUGAUAUUUCUCCGAUUAAGCAAACAAGUAUGGUUACAGACUCACAUACAAGCCGAAUCUCCCUGAUAUUCAAAGCAUAGGAUAUUCAGGAGUGGUCACAUCGAGACAAAAGACAAAUAAGUUGGUCGAUAAGCAUAUACAUUGACUGUCCUAGCCUCUGUCAAUUUGUGAAUAUUGUAGCCAGAUUUUCAUUUUCUUGAAAAUCGUUAUCUUUAGUUGGCCUAAAGUAAAAAUUUGAAUACUUCCUUCAAGUAUUUAGCACUUUAGUUGUGGCCCUCUUUGUGUAAAUAUUUAAAAUUAAUAUAAUGGUAAGUAGUUAAAAUCCUUUGGUUGUAUGAAUAUAUCGAAUCUGAAAGGGUAAUAGAUGUUUAUCUACUUUAAAAGUACGCAUGUCUUGUUAACUUGUUAACAGUUGGUUUUAGGGUUUACUUCUUUGAAGAUUUGCCAGAAAAAAUUAGAGAAAAAUUUGGUGAGUAGUAACUCCAAGCAUGGAUAUAUCCAUUUAGUUAGGUGUUGUGUAAUAUAAGUUAUGUUGAACUUGAAAAAAUAGUGAUAUAUGAAUACAAGUAUGGAUUUUAAUGAGCAAGCUCUUCUGCUUCAAGCCUGAUUACUGCAAAAUUCACAAGAUAAAGGAUUAAUUAAAGGAUGCGAUGCUCCGGAUAAAAGCAGGUUUUAAACUAUUCUUAGAAUGAGUACUACGCAAGGUGAAUUAUGACUUCAUGUUGAUAAAGAAUAUUCUACAAUCAUGCUGCCAACCUUGUAGAUUUAAGGUUACAAAUAAAUUCAUAUCCUGAAUUUCAACUGGGUAAAAUAAUUGGCAUGAAUAACUUGAAAUAGAUUUCAGAUAGAUUAAGCAGAUUGGUGACUAAAACUCGUUU